AUGAGCGCGGCCCCGGGUACCUCCCGCGCUCCGCAGCCGCUGCUCCGCUUCCCCGACGGGGCGGGCGGGCCGGGCGGCGGGCGGGCGGCGGGUCGGGGCGGCGCCCCGGGGCCGUGCCCCUGCCCCUGCCCCUGUCCCUGCCCGGGGGGGCCGCGGAAGCGGCGGCGGACCACGUUCAGCCGGGGGCAGCUGUCGGAGCUGGAGCGAGCCUUCGCCGCCGUGCCCUACCCGGACAUCGCCACCCGGGAGCGCCUGGCCGAGCUCACCCAGCUGCCCGAGGCCAAGAUCCAGGUCUGGUUCCAGAACCGCCGCGCCCGCAGGAUCCGUAGCGCCAAGCCGGAGCCGCCACCGCUACCGCCACUGCCGCCGCCCGGGGAGCGGGGUCCCCCCGCGGCACCUCCCGACGGCGGCAUCCCGUGCCCGGCCCCUGCCCUGCCGCCGCCGCCAUCCCACAGCCCCGCUCGGGGCCUCCCCACCUCGCUGGGCUCCAUCUCCGACCUCAUCUACAGCGCGGCCAUCACCAACCUGGGCGAGCCAUAGCCGUGGCAAGGACCCCUGACUUCUAGGGACCCUCCUGGUACCGCGGCCCCCCCGGAUUAGCGCCACGAUUUCAUUAGGGUGCGGAAUUACUGCCGGUCCCAAAGGCUCCGAGGAUGUCAUCCAAUAUCCUAAAUGCCGGUGCGGCCACAGCAGGGGCAGCUCCCCAUCAGCUCCCUAAUACCGACUAAUCUUUUG